AUGGUUGAUGGGAAGCGGCGGAGCGGUGUGGUGUCGCCUCCGGACGGAGGAUGGGGCUGGGUGAUCGUCGGCUGCUGCUUCAUGGUGACGGUCUGCACACGUGCAGUAACGAGGUGCAUCUCCAUCUUCUUCGUGGAGUUUCAGGCUCAUUUCGGAGGCGACUACGCCGCCACGGCCUGGAUCCACAGCCUGGUGGACUGCACCACCAUGCUCUUUGCUCCCGUCGGCAGCCUGGUUGGUAACCGUUGGUCCUGCCGGGUGGCUGUGAUGCUCGGUGGACUCCUGUCCUCCUGUGGACUCCUCCUCAGCUCCUUCACCACAAGUCUGGAGAGUCUCUACCUCACCAUGGGAGUCCUGACAGGUCUGGGCUUUGCCCUCUGUUACACCCCGGCCAUCGCCAUGGUGGGCUGUUACUUCCACCGGCGGAGGGCUCUGUUCCACCGGCGGAGGGCUCUGGCGUACGGCAUCGCCAUGUCCGGCAGCGGUAUCGGGACGUUCGUCCUGGCGCCGGCGGUGCAGCUGCUCAUCGAGCUGUACUCGUGGAGAGGAGCGCUGCUCAUCCUCAGCGCCUUCGUCGCCAACAUGUGCGUCUGCGGGGCGCUGCUCCGACCAAUCAGACUGCGAGAGUGCGAGGAGGAGGCUGAGGGAGAGGAGGCGGAGUCAGUGGGUGAGGAGAAACUGGGUCACAUCACGUCGCUGGACGCCGAGCUCGCCGCUAAGCCUCCCAAAGAGUCAGACGCCAGGAUCGAGUCCGCGAUGCCCCUGCCUCUGAUGCAGGGAAACCCCGCCCCUGAGCCGCAGAGGAGGCGGAGGUUCAGCUCCUGCUUCCUGUCCAUUAAGGAGUACCGCUUCCUGCUGCUGCCGGACUUCCUGGGUCUGGCCGUGUCCUUCCUGUUCCUGGCCAGCGGCUGCAGCCUCCCCUUCGUGUACUUGGUGCCGUACGCUCUGAGCGCCGGCGUCCGACACCACAACGCCGCUUUCCUCAUGUCCAUCCUGGGCGUCCUCGACAUCGUGGGGAACAUCACCUUCGGCUGGCUGACGGACCGGAGGUGUCUGAAGCCGUACCGCCUUGCCUCCUACGUCCUGGCGGUGGCGAUGGAGGGUCUCUGCUGUCUCUUCACGCCGCUGCUCCGGUCCUUCUCGCUGCUCGUGCCCUUCGCCGUCCUCUACGGUUACUUCGACGGCGCCUAUGUGGCGCUGAUCCCCGUGGUGACGUCGGACGUGGUGGGAGCUCCGUACCUGUCCUCGGCGCUGGGCGUGGUCUACUUCCUCCACGCCAUCCCCUACCUCAUCAGCCCGCCCAUCGGAGGUUGGCUGGUCGACGUCACAGGAAGCUACACGGCGACCUUCUUCCUCAGUGGUGUCUCGCUGCUCUCCAGCGCUGUCGUCCUCUCCGCCAUCGCCGGGAUCCGCCGCUGCCGCCGCCAAGUGCUAGCUCCUCCCCCUGUCAAGUGCUAGCUCCUCCCCCUGUCAAGUGCUAGCUCCUCCCCCUGUCAAGUGAUAGCUCCUCCCCCUGUCAAGUGAUAGCUCCUCCCCCUGUCAAGUGCUAGCUCCUCCCCCUGUCAAG